AUGUCAGUAGCUCCAUCUUCGAGUGAAAGCAUCGAAUUAGAGAAGAAAAAAGAAAGCAAUGGGAGAAGAAAGAGUUUCGCAAAAGCCGGCUGGAAUAGCAUCAAGAAACGACUUUCAGUAAUUGCGAUUCCGAAAAGCACCCCUCAAGUAAAUGAUCAAGUUUUCGAAACAUCAAGUGAUGGUGAAAUUGAGUCGGAUGAUCAAGAGUUGAACAAGGCCGCUAGAACCCCAAGAGUCCAUAGAAAAACGGACAAAAACACGAGAAAUGAGCUUUAUUCCUCUAGCUAUUUUGAUGAGUCGCCAGAGCAUCCCGAACAAAAUCUAACAGAAAGCAUCGAGACCAAGUCCACAUCCAAGCUCGCUCAAAAAUGGGCUGAUAGUAAAAACUCUGUCGAAUCGUUGAUGACACACCGUAAAUAUCGCCUCGCUUUCUUUAUCGUCAUCAUUUUGGAUACGAUCCUCGUUUAUUCUGAACUCGUCCUUGGCAUUUACAUUUACGAGACGGAUUCGUGCCAUUGUGAUGAUGAACAAAUCGAGAUUGAAAAUGAGAAUGAAAAUGAAAAUACGACUUUAUUUACGACUACUCCUUCUUUACCUACUACUACUGCUCCGAUUGUCACAACAACAGCUCCUUCUUUUGACUGUGGAGUUUUUUCUGCAUUGACAACUGCAUGGAAAAGGUCAAUUUCGUCUUUUGCCGAAAUGAAAAGAAUACGUCAUGGGAGUUCAGAGCAGAUCAAAAUGGUUCUGAUGCUGACUUUUAGGAUGCUGAGGAUUUUCAACUCUUUAGCCUUCAUUUUGGUCACCUACUACGAAGGAUUAGUAGAAACGUAUAAAGAAAAAAUGCACAAAAACCAAGUUCUGAUCGUCAAGUCAAAUGAGAAAAGACGCCAUUUAGCAGAACAAGCUAUGGCCUUGCUGGAACAAAAAAGACGCAUUCAAGUUGAAUUUGUGCUGACUUCUAGGAGGCUUUCAGAUGUGAGCUCAGGGGGAAGUACAGCUGGUAGUUCAGGCGGGGGCAAUGGGCACACAAUUGACGGAGAGGAAGAUUUGAUUGCAGAAGAACUUAAUCGAGCGAGAAUGGACCUUCACGAAAAUAAAAGAAGAAGUUUGUCGAUAACCGCUCUGGCACAAGAAGAUGACUAUAUUUCUCCUCGAGCAUCCCAAGUUCUGCCGCACCUUUUGAGCCCGCAUAUUGGAAUGGAGAAUCUUCAGCCUCACUCAUCUGGUAUUCCUCUUGCAGGCACUCAGCCCGCUCAAAUAAAUCAAGGAAGAACCCCUCCAGUUAUGAGGAGACAACAUUCUCAGCAUGGAACGCCGCCCACCAGAAGACAACGAAGAAAAACCGGAAGUUCUUUUCACGCGCGACUUUCGAAUCUCUACGACAACAGAUUUUCUAUCAUCGAGCGACCAACUGAAGAACGCCCCUCUCAUGAUCCAUCUCUAAGUCGAACACCGAGAAAUUCCCAGAAUCCGUUUUAUGUUAAAUAA